AUGAAUUCUAGUAGUAUGGAACAAUUAGACAAUAGUAAGGUCAAUCUUCAUCGUACCAAAUUUUUUAUAUUACUUCUACUACAAAUCCCAUCAGUGAUGCUCUAUCUUCUUAUUUUUACAUUUUUUGGUAUGCAUCGUUCUCUUCUUAAAACUCCGAAAAAUAAAGCUCUAUUGGUCUUGCUGCUAAUCAACUUCUUAGAAGCCUCAUGCGACUUGCCAAACACUAUUCAUUUCUAUCGCCUUGGUCGUGUUAGUCCAGCAACAUCAGCUUAUUGCACAUGGUGGACAUUCUUUGAGUAUACUCUCAGUGUUUCAAGUGAGUUCUUAAUGGCUAUUAUUUCCAUUCAACGUCAUAUAUUGGUAUUCAACAAUAACAUAUUACAAAUUCGAAUUAAACGUUACUUAUGGCAUCACUUACCGUUACUACUUGGUGUUGCUUAUCCAACUCUUCUCUAUUUGGGUCUUGUCGUUAUCUAUCCAUGCGACGGAACUCAGUGGGAUUACACAUCGGUUUUAUGCGGUUUAAGCAAUUGUUAUUUAGAAAAUAGUAGUUUGUUGGCAACGUUGGAUUGGGCACUGGACAAUGGCAUGCCGAUAAUAAUCAUUGUUGUGGCUAAUGCAGCACUUGUAAUCCGAGUCAUCUGUUAUAAGCGUCGUGCACAGCAAGCUACUCCAUGGCAAAAGCAAAGACGUAUGACGAUUCAACUACUAACGAUCUCUUCCAUAUAUUUCAUUGCAUGGAUUCCAAAUACGAUCAUUGCCGUCAUUCAAGAAAUUAUCGACUCGAGUUUCGUCGCUGAGAUUCAAGCAAACUAUUUUUUCGAUCUUCUUUACCUUGUUUGUCUCUUGAUGCCAUGGGUGUGCAUUAUGAUGCUUCCUGAAUUGAAAAAAUGGAUGUGGAAACUAUUCAGACCACAUCAAUCAACACAAAAUACUGUCGUACCACUAAAUAUUACUGUUUUACCAAUGAAGACACGAUAA